AUGCUAAGACAAGGCCCCUUCCUUCUCCUGGCUGUGUCCAUGUCGUAUUUCAACCCAGAGAAAGCUUUGGCAGCGCCUUCGGAAAACGAUGGUUUAUUCCAGGGCCGGGCUCCCCUGGCCCCUCCGUAUGCUGUGGUCCUGAUCUCCUGCUCAGGCUUGCUGGCCUUUAUUUUCCUUCUCCUCACCUGCUUGUGCUGCAAGCGGGGUGAUGUGGGGUUCAAGGAAUUUGAGAACCCUGAUGGAGAAGAAUAUUCCGGAGAGUAUACACCACCUGCAGAGGAGACCUCCUCCUCUCAGUCUAUCCCAGAUGUCUACAUUCUGCCUCUCUCGGAGGUCUCGCUCCCACCCUCCAACCAACAGAUGCCCCAAACAGAUCUAGUGAAACACUUGGGGCUCAGCAGGCAACACCUCAGUUAUCUGCAAGAGAUUGGGAAUGGCUGGUUUGGAAAGGUAAUCUUGGGUGAAAUAUUCUCAGAUUUCACUCCGGCGCAGGUGGUAGUGAAGGAGUUACGGGUGAGUGCUGGGCCACUGGAGCAGAGGAAAUUCCUGUCAGAGGCCCAACCAUAUCGAAGUCUCCAGCAUCCAAACAUAUUGCAAUGCCUUGGCCUAUGCACAGAGACCAUCCCUUUCCUGCUUAUCAUGGAAUUCUGCCAGUUGGGAGAUCUGAAACGUUACCUUCGAGCUCAGCGCAAAGCAGAUGGGAUGACUCCUGAUCUUCUGACCCGUGACCUCAGCACACUACAGCGCAUGGCCUAUGAGAUCACGCUGGGAGUGCUUCACUUGCAUAAAAACAAUUACAUCCAUAGUGAUCUGGCGCUUCGGAACUGCUUGUUGACCUCUGACCUCACAGUGCGUGUCGGAGACUAUGGCCUGUCACACAACAACUACAAGGAAGACUAUUAUAUCACCCCAGACCGACUCUGGAUUCCUUUGCGUUGGGUUGCUCCGGAGCUGCUGGAUGAGAUGCAUGGAAGCCUCAUUGUGGUGGAUCAAACCAAGGCGAGCAACGUCUGGUCAGUGGGGGUGACCAUCUGGGAGCUUUUUGAAUUUGGCUCCCAGCCUUACCAACACCUCUCUGAUGAGGAAGUGUUGGCUUUUGUCAUCAAGGAGCAGCAGAUGAAACUAGCCAAGCCACGCCUUAAGCUUCCUUACUCUGACUAUUGGUACGAGGUGAUGCAAUCCUGCUGGCUCCCACCUUCCCAUCGCCCAACCAUGGAAGAGCUGCAUUUGCAGGUGAGCUACCUGUUGAACGAACGCUCCAACGCUCAGGCGGAGGAGAGCUUUGAGUGGCGCUGGAGUGCCCUGAAACCCAAGCGCUCCUCUUCGCCACCGCUGGCCUCCUUGUCUUCCUCGGUACGCCACCGCCGCCCGUCGGAAGAGAUCUCGGCCUACCCGUUACUGGACGGGUUCCAUGGGGGCGACAUGGACGACAUUCUGACAGUGACAGAGAGCAGUGGGGGGCUGAACUUUGAAUACAUGUGGGAGAAGGCUCGUCUGGGUCGAUGGAAGGGCCCUGCUUCGGCACCGCCUGAAUACCCCUCCAGCAACGGCGGGCUAGCUGUGCCAGGCAGCAAUCCGUUCUAUGAACAGGCAGCCCAGCGUGGGCACAGCCUGGAGACACCCAGUGUUGUGCCUGUAAUCAGUGCCCGCAGCCCGUCAGUCAGCAGCGAGUAUUACAUUCGCCUGGAGGACCAUGGCAACGGCGAGCAGCCUGUCUGUGCCCCCAGCCCUGGCUCACCACCCCAGCCUCUCUUUCCCUCAGACUGGGACUGCCACAGCGCUCCCUAUCGGCCGCAGGAGCAGCCCAACACCAACCCUUUCUUGGCCGGUGGCAGCGGCGAUAGCAACCCCUUCCGUGUGGACGGUGAGAUCCAAGAGACAUCUCUGACAGAGACACCUACGACGGGAGGUGAAGCGUUCCUAGCUGAGUCCCUGCUCACUGUGUAUCGUGAGCUGGAGGACCAGCAGCACAGCUGGGAUGCUGAGAUGAUGGAAGAGAGAGGGGCGGGGGAGACACUGGCUGGGGACCCCUCGGAGUUCCAGGGAUCGCCCUCGUGGGAACAGGAGCCUUCGCUAAUGGAGGACCAGAGCUCUGGCAGCAGCACUGACGACUGUGGGAGCAGCAUUGGGGGCGGGCGGCGCAACCUCCUGCCAUGCCCACUGUGCACUCGGGUGCGGUGCACAUGCGCCAUUCAUCGUGGGGAUGUGGUGAGUGGUUGGAGCAACCACGGCCCAUCCCUGCGGCGUCCUCAUCAUGACAGCUAUGGCACUGAGGAUGACUCCUCACUAAAAGUGGAGCGGGGCUCCCUCUCUGACUGUCCUAUACUGCCCCCUAGGGACUGUGAUGGGGAUGGCAGGGAGCGCAGAGAAUUCUAUGACCCACUCAUGGGCACAGCUGUGAAGACCUAUGAACUUCAAGACUACCCGAAGCAGAGAGGUGGGGGAAACACCCGCCCACCUGGAUCUCCCUUCCCAGCUAUGUCGUCUGGCUGCUGCAAUGUAAUUGUUCCUGUGGAGAUACCGCCAUUGUCCACCCUGGCUGAAAGCAAUGAUGAGGAGACAAUUGCCAUCAUCCCUGAAGCCAUUGAUGGAUACUCCACUGGCCCAGCAACCUUAAGCCUCUCCCCCGCAGCACCUGAUCGGCAAAGGGGAACCCUAGACUCAGUGGAUUCCUUGGACAUUCCUUCCAACACCAGUUCCUCGGAUGUCUGCAGCCCGGCAUCCCACUACUCCUCUCCGGGGCAAAAAUUUGGUGACAGUGGCUAUGAAACAGAGAGCACUUUCUCACCUGAGUUCAUCUUCAAAGAGGAACCACCACUGCCACCUUCCAGAGGAGAAGAAGAAGAGCCAGAAGAAGAUUCCAGCAAACUCCCAGUAACACCCAUCUCUCAGUCCACUAGUGAUCUUACCUUGUCAGUGAGUGAAGAAGGGGCGGAGCUAGAGGAAGAAUUAGGGAGGAGCCUGGGGCCAGCAACACCUCACCGUGACUCUGCCUACUUCUCUGACGGGGAGGCAGAACCCACUGAGGUGCCUGCUGCCGGUGGAAACGAGGGAGGGAAGGCCGCAGAGAAGGUGACUGUGGACGGAGGCUUUGUGGUUCAAGUGUGCAAGGAGCAGCUGUUGGUCACGCUUCAAGAGAACGUCACGCGCAACCUGCUGUGUAGUCAGAGGAUGCCGACCAUGAGGCUUUCUCCUAUUGCCCCAUUGAAGGAACAGGCUGUUCUCAAGUUGUGGACCCUGGAGCCAGAUGAGAGGCAAGAGAUUGAGGAGGAGGAAGAGGAGGAGACCAAGAAAAGCUACAAUGGGGAUACAACGGACUGCCAGUGGCCAGAAAGUGCAGAAGAUAAAGAGAAGGAAGAGGAGGAGAAGCAGCAAGAAGAGAGAGGAGGGGAAUCUGAACAAAUGUGUUCAGAGCAGGAGGAAGAAAAAAGGAAAAAAGGGGAGAAGCCCAGCCAGAUGGCGAGCCAAAGUGUAGCAGUGCCCGUUGUGGUAGAAACGCAGGAUGCCUCCCAGGGAGAUGGAUAUGUAGCAGCCGAACAGCCCAAAAAGGAUCAGGAACCUGGUGCCCCUGUGAACCAAGCCAGUGAAGAUAUCAAAGCCAAGCUGUCCCGUUUGUCUCUGUCGCUUCCCCCUCUGGCCUUGCAGACGUUCCCCCCACCUGGCGGGGGAAGGAAAGGGCCAUUUUGGGAAGGUGCAGCUUUGGGGGAGGGUCCAGUGCUGGGAGGGAGAGAGGCUGCCAUAGCGGCAGAGGAUGAGGAGGAAGAUGAUGUUGAAGAGGAAGAGGAAGGGGGCUUGGCUGGAGGCGGAGGGCGGGGCGUCCCCAUUGUGGUGAGUGAAAGUGAUGACGCCCGCAACUUGCGUGGCCUCCUCAAGUCGCCACGCUCUGCUGAGGAGGCAGCUGCUGAGCUCGACCGUAAGCGGAAGAUGGUCUCCUUCUUUGAUGAUGUCACCGUCUACCUCUUCGAUCAGGAGACACCAACCAAUGAGCUGAGUUCCCAGGGAGCCCCAGAUGGUGAUUCCCCCUCUCCUGGUCUAGCAGCAGAACCGGGACUCAGUGCCUUCCCGCCAGCUGAUGGCUUCAGUGGCAGUUUUGAGUGGGAUGAUGAUUUCCCCCUAAUGGCUCAGAACCCAUCCUAUGUCUCCCUGAUGCCUGACCACAACACAGCCAAACCCCACCUGGCCAUGUCCUCACCAGUGCCCAUGGCCCCUGCCUUGUUGCCAGCAGCCAAGAGGGUGGAGUCUGGCCUUGUGGAUGCCCUGAGGUUCUCUCGCUUCACUGUCUCUCCUGCUCUGGAGCCACAUCUUUCUUCAUCCUGUGACACCGAACUGGGACCCACGGCUCACCCUAUUGAGAACUGAGACAAAGUAGAAAUUGGGACAACCAUGCCUCUUCUUCUCCCACCAUUCAAGGACGAUGUCCAGUCGUCCAGUCGACUUACCGAUGAUGCCAAGCUACCACACACCAGCUCCUAUGGCGGAUGGACAGACAGACAGAUGCGUUUGUGUGUGCACUUGCGUUUGCGUGCAUGGCAUGGAGGCCGUUGUUGCUAACUGGAGCCUGACAUAUAAGGAUUGUUUUGCCCUCCCUCUUCUUCCCAACAACUCAUCCCCACUUCCGGGGAGGGGCUGAACUUUUUGUAUGAACAAUCAUGUGCCAUUGAAUAAUGAGGGAGGGCAUCUCCUCAAUUUUAGGGCCCCCUGCCCAGCACUGGCUAUUGAAUGUAUAACCCUUGUUUCCUCUAGGCAUCCCUUUAGCUCUCUGAUAUGUCCCUUAUGAGGACCCUCUGUGCCAAAUUGAGAGUGGGGGGAAGAAGUCUCCCGGAAGUUGCAUCCGACUGUUCAUGAGCAAUUCCCCAAAUCUCAUCAGCUGCAUCCUGGAAUGUGGAAUAUGGCUGACAUUUAAAAAAACCCUUUUUGUGCCAAAUGGAACAGAAUGGGGCUGGUGACCCUCCCAUUUUAACCAGCAUUAUAUAUAUAUAUGUAUAUAUAUAAAGACGACUGAUUCAAACCUUGGACAGAACUCAAACACAACCGUGGAGUUACCAGCAGACAAUUGGACUCCACAAGGCGGGUGGAUGAGAUUUGGCUAGGUGGGGGAACCUUUUAUCUAACUCCAAGGGGAUGAUCCAGAUGUUAUCUUUUUUUUUUUUAAAAAAAAGAGAUGCAUGUUGAUCAGCAUUCAUUGGGAUGAAGCAAUAUGGGAGAAUGCUGGAUCACAUUGCCAAGUUUUAGUGGCGACAUAAUGGACAGCCAUUGGUUAAUAACGUGAACACUCUCCUAUUGUCCCUAGCUGGUUGGUGUCUCAUACUUGGAAAA